AAGGCGUCAACCUUGUUGUAGCUUCCUGUUUGGGUUGCAAGCUGACGGGAGCUAGCUUGAUUUACAAUUGAUUGUAUACAGCCCCUACAUCGUACAAGUAAAGAAGGCAUCGGUUUAAAAAUGUCAGAAACUGGAAGUCGGCUGCGAAAGCAGUUGGAAUCUGCUAAUUUUGAUCCGCAGAACUACGUCAAGCAGCUGUCACAGCAAUCAGAUGGCGACAGGGAUUUGCAGGAACAUCGUCAAAAAAUACAGACAUUGGCCGAUGAAACGGCGCAAAACCUGAAGAAAAAUGUCUAUAAGAAUUACAGGCAGUUUAUUGAGACGGCCAAAGAAAUCUCCUACUUGGAGAGUGAGAUGUACCAGCUCAGUCAUAUUCUUACAGAGCAGAAGAGCAUAAUGGAGAGCAUCACACAGGCCUUGUUGUCAACAGACAAGGAUGAAACUUCAAAAGAGAUGCUAGCCGCCUUCCCAAAGGAAACAGAAGAAGUAAAGCAGAGGACUCUGACGUCACUACUAGAGAAAGUCGAGGGGGGUAAGAACAUCAUGGACACCCCGGGAAGGCACUUGGUGUACAAUGGGGACCUUGCUGAAUUUGAUGUUGAAAACAUGAACCCAGUCCAGAGAGUGCAUGCUUUUCUAAUGAACGACUGCCUGCUUAUUGCCACCUGGCUGCCCAAUCGCCGGGGUACGGUGAAGUAUAAAUACAACGCCCUGUAUGAUUUGGAGAGCUUUGCUGUGGUCAACGUGAAGGAGCACCCGCCCAUGAAGGACAUGUUUAAGAUCCUCAUGUUCCCAGACAGCCGCAUCUUCCAGGCGGAAAACAGCAAAGUAAAAAAAGAGUGGCUGGAGAUUCUGGACGAAACCAAGAAGAACAAAGUCACCAAGGACAAACGCAAGAAGGAGGAGGAGAUGCCCAGCUCCCCACAGCGACCUGAGGUGUCAACCAACCCCUUCGACGACGAGGAGGAAGACCUGCCCGCCGACUCGGGAGGUGCCGUGGUGGACCUGGGCAUGGAGUGGAUCCAGGAGCUUCCGGAAGACCUUGAUGUGUGCAUUGCUCAGCGGGACUUUGAGGGCGCCGUGGACCUGCUGGACAAACUGAACGAGUACCUCCGCGACCAACCCGUCACACAGAGCGUCAAGGAGCUCAGGGGCAAGGUGGAGGAGCGCGUACGUCAGCUGACGGAGGUGCUGGUGUUUGAGCUGUCCCCGGACCGGUCGCUCCGUGGCGGACCCAAGGCCACCCGCCGGGCCGUGUCCCAGCUGGUCAGACUAGGCCAAUCCACCAAGGCUUGCGAGCUGUUCCUGAAGAACCGCGCGGCGGCCGUGCAGACAGCCAUACGCCAGCUGCGCAUCGAGGGCGCCACCCUGCUCUACAUCCACAAGCUGUGCAACAUCUUCUUCACCAGCCUGCUGGAGACCGCCAAGGAGUUUGAGAUGGACUUCGCCGGAAACACGGGCUGCUACUCAGCGUUCGUGGUCUGGUCCCGCUCGGCCAUGAGAAUGUUCGUCAGUGCCUUCAGCAAGCAGGUGUUUGACAGCCAGGAGAGCCUGACGACAGCGGCGGAGUGCGUAAAGGUGGCCAAGGAGCACUGCAAGCAGCUGAGCGACAUUGGCCUGGACCUGAGCUUCACGCUGCAGUCCAUGCUGGUGAAGGACGUCAAGACGGCCCUGCUCAGCUACAAGGACAUCAUCAUCGAGGCCACCAAGCACCGCAACUCUGAGGAGAUGUGGCGGCGUAUGAACCUCAUGACCCCAGAGGCCCUGGCCAAACUAAAGGAGGAGAUGCGCGUCAGCGGCAUCGGCGACUUUGAGCAGUACACGGGCGACGACUGUUGGGUGAACCUGAGCUACACGGUGGUGAGCUUCACCAAGCAGAUGAUGGGCUUCCUGGAGGAGGGCCUGAAGCUGUACGUGGCCGAGCUGCACAUGGUGCUGCUGGAGAGCCUGCGGGAGAUCAUCCUGGUGGCGGUGCAGCACGUGGACUACAGCCUGCGCUGCGAGCAGGACGGCGAGAAGAAGGCCUUCGUGGUGCACAACGCCUCCUUCCUGCACGACACGGUGCUGCCCGUGGUGGAGCUGCGCUUCGAGGAGGCCGUGGGCAAGCCCGCCAAGCAGCUGCAGGACCUGAGGAAGAGCACCCGCUCGCUGAAGGUGAACCCCGAGAGCACCACCUCGCUGGUGUAGGAUGGCCCCUCUCUCCGGCGCUCCCGGGGCCGGCGAGGCCCUUAGAUAAAAAAUAUAGCCCCUUAUGAUUACUUUGAAAAUAUUUACGUACACACUAAUACAGACCAUAAUGCCGAAAGCCGUUGCUGCCAGAAGAACCACAUUUAAAGUGCACAUUUCAGAACAUUAAUGUAAAGAUCAACACAAUGGGAAAGAGUGCUGGCGAGGUGUCAUUAUUUUAAAUGCUAUGUUUGUCGAUGUUUGUUCGAGUCAUUGUUGAGCUGGAUUAGAGAAAAAUAACCUGAAUGAUUUAUUUUCCCCUUGUAUAGUUUUGUAAUCCUUUACUUUUAAUGCUUUUAUGAUGGGGUUUUGUGUAUAUUAUGUGGUCUCACAUGUAUCCACAGGAGGUAUACAGUACUAACAAUUUAACUGGGCUUUAAAAUUUCACCUCAUUGUAUUGAAGCCUUAAACAAAAUAUGUGAUAGAUUAAAGGGAUGAUUGGUUUAAAAUGCCAUUGCACUGUUGCAGAGCUGUAGAGUAAAAGUAUCACUGUCUACGUUGCCAGAUAUUGAUUGUAGCACAUUCAAUUAAAAUACUAUCAAUAUGCACA